AUGGAGGUGAGAACAGAGUUUCAAAAUGAAGGACCUCCCCUUGACCCACUUAAAGACUUAAAAGAUAAUAUCAUAAAUCAGAUUAAUCAGAAAAUGGCAGCAGAUCCUAAAAUUAAGACUUCUGAAUUGAAAGACGAGAAUCAAAAUUAUAAAGAUGACAUCCAAAAAGCUACUCAGAAAAAUCAGAUUAAUGGUAUUUAUAAUGAAUUAAAAGCUGAUAUUGAGACUAAACGAGAUAAAAAAAAACUUGCGGCAAGUUUUCAAAAAUUAAUCAGUCAAGCUCAGCAGGCUAGGCAAACUGAUAAUAGUUCUAGCCUCGCUCAAUUACUAAUGCAGAUCUAUAAUUAUCAAGGGGACAGCGGGCUUUAUUCUCAGUAUGAGAGUGAAAUUAAGCAGUGGGAAACCUAUUUAAAUCAACAAGGUGCUAAUGCUUUUAAGGAUUUAAAAAUUAAUGCGAUUAAUGAUUUACUCCAACAAGAACCAAAAGUAACGAUAACUGAGUUAAAGGAAAAAAGUCGUGAUUUUCAAAGAAUUAUUUCCCAAACUAGUGAUUUUACUAAAUUGAACCAGUUUGAAAGCCGAGUCAGGGAUAAUGUUUUUGAAGUAAGGACUGAGAAAAAAUUUAGCCAACUUCUAACUAGUGCUCAAAAUGCUAAAUCUGAGGAGGAAAAAUCCUUAGUUACUCAGCAAGUUUAUAAAUGA